CGGCGCCCGCCUCUUUCGCGGCCACUCCGCCUCUUCCCUCCAGCCGUCCCUUCCUUCUUUCCUUCUUCCUUCCUUCCUUCUUCUCCUCGCCGCCGCCGCCCAGGACCGCCGGUCGGGAGACGAGCUCCGGGCAGCAGCCAGGAGUUUUCUAACCACAUAACCACUCAGAUCUGAACCAAAACAGCAUUGUUCCUGGAGCACCUCUUUUUAAGGUAGAACUUUAGACUUCAUAGCACUGAAUUAACCUGCACUGAAAGCUGUUUACCUGCAGUUAUUCACUUUUGUUGAAAGUGACAUGUCUCAAGUUCAAGUGCAAGUUCAGAACCCAUCUGCUGCUCUCUCAGGGAGCCAAAUACUGAACAAGAACCAGUCUCUUCUCUCACAGCCUUUGAUGAGUAUUCCUUCUACUACUAGCUCUCUGCCCUCUGAAAAUGCAGGUAGACCUAUUCAAAACUCUGCUUUACCCUCUGCAUCUAUUACAUCCACCAGUGCAGCUGCAGUUCCUUCUAGCAUGGCACACCCCAAAGAGAAAACCCCAAUGUGUCUUGUGAAUGAGUUAGCCCGUUUCAACAAGAUUCAGCCUGAGUAUAAGCUUUUGCGUGAGCAAGGUCCGGCUCACUGUAAGGUGUUUACAGUACAGCUAACACUUGGAGAUCAGCACUGGGAAGCUGAAGGAAGUAGUAUUAAAAAAGCCCAACACACAGCUGCUGCCAAAGCUUUGGAAGGAACAAAAUUUCCUAAACCCAUAGUCCGCCCUUUUCGUAGCGAAGGAAGGAAUCCAGACAGCAUAACCCCUACUGUAGAGCUAAAUGCACUGUGCAUGAAACUUGGAAAAAAACCAAUGUACAAACCCGUUGACCCUUACUCUCGGAUGCAGUCCACCUAUAACUACAACAUGAGAGGAGGUGCUUAUCCCCCAAGGUACUUUUACCCAUUUCCAGUACCACCCUUACUUUAUCAAGUUGAACUUUCUGUGGGAGGACAGCAAUUUAACGGGAAAGGAAAGACGAGACAGGCUGCGAAACACGAUGCUGCUGCGAAAGCUCUGAGGAUCCUGCAGAACGAGCCCCCGCCCGAGCGGCUGGAGGUGAAUGGAAGAGAAUCGGAAGAAGAAAAUCUCAAUAAAUCUGAAAUAAGUCAAGUGUUUGAGAUUGCACUUAGACGGAACUUGCCUGUGAAUUUUGAGUCUUUCCCUCCGCAACAGGUCGCCCGGGAGAGUGGCCCACCCCACAUGAAGAGCUUUGUGACCAGGGUGUCGGUUGGGGAGUUUGUGGGGGAAGGUGAAGGGAAGAGCAAGAAGAUUUCAAAGAAAAAUGCUGCUAUAGCUGUUCUUGAGGAGCUGAAGAAGUUACCACCCCUGCCUGCAGUUGAGCGGGUGAAGCCCCGAAUCAAAAAGAAAACCAAACCCAUAGUCAGGGUGCAGAGCGGCCCGGAGCACGGCCAGGCGAUGAACCCCAUCAGCAGACUCGCCCAGAUCCAGCAGGCCAAGAAGGACAAGGAGCCGGAGUACAUGCUGCUCACAGAGCGAGGCCUCCCACGCCGCAGGGAGUUUGUGAUGCAGGUGAAAGUGGGGAAGCACACCGCAGAGGGAACGGGCACCAAUAAGAAGGUGGCCAAGCGCAACGCGGCAGAGAACAUGCUGGAGAUUCUGGGUUUCAAGGUCCCACAAGCUCAGCCUGCCAAACCAGCCCUCAAAUCAGAGGACAAGACACCCAUAAAGAAACCAGGGGAUGGAAGAAAAGUAACCUUUUUUGAACCUGGCUCUGGGGAUGAAAAUGGGACUAGCAAUAAGGAGGAUGAAUUUAGGAUGCCUUAUCUCAGUCAUCAGCAACUGCCUGCUGGAAUUCUUCCCAUGGUGCCCGAGGUUGCCCAGGCUGUAGGAGUCAGUCAAGGACAUCACACCAAAGAUUUUACCAGGGCAGCUCCGAACCCUGCCAAGGCCACGGUAACUGCCAUGAUAGCCCGUGAAUUGUUGUAUGGGGGCACGUCGCCCACAGCCGAGACCAUUUUAAAGAAUAACAUCUCUUCAGGCCACGCACCCCAUGGACCUCUCACAAGACCCUCUGAGCAGUUGGACUACCUUUCCAGAGUCCAGGGAUUCCAGGUCGAAUACAAAGACUUCCCCAAAAACAACAAGAACGAAUUUGUAUCUCUUAUCAAUUGCUCCUCUCAGCCGCCUCUGAUCAGCCACGGUAUUGGAAAGGAUUUGGAGUCCUGCCACGACAUGGCUGCACUGAACAUUUUAAAGUUGCUGUCUGAGCUGGACCAACAGAGUACAGAGAUGCCAAGAACAGGAAACGGACCAAUGUCUGUGUGUGGGAGGUGCUGAACCCCUUCUGGUCAUGAACCGUUACAUAAACUUCCCAACAGAUACUGAAAAUCCUGGGACUGCUUUUGAAAAUUUGGAAUUUCUGAUACCUCGAGUGGGCCGAGAGACGUGAUGGGUAAAGAACUGGAGACAGCAGUGGUGACAGAGGCGGGAGGCUGAGGCUGCUCGAAUGUGCUGUGGUUUGUCCCCACACGGUGGCGGCAGCAGCUGCUGUGGGGGAGGGUGGGGCCUGCCAAGCAGCCCUUGCUCAGUUGCAAAACCAGCAGGUCCCUGCCCCCUGCACUUCAGUGCUUGGUUGUUUGUUUUUUUUUUUUUUUUUUUUUUGCUGUGUGGAAGAAGCAAGCAGAAAGCAGGACCCUUUCUCAGACCGGCUCACUAACACACUUUGGGACAAAUCCUGGACGCCCACGCCGGAGAGAGGCCUUAGACCAGCAGGCCCAGAGCUGCAAGCACCAGAGGAAAAUCAAAUGCUUCCUCCUCGGCGCGAGCUAACCCCCUAGCUUGCUACGGCUCCCCACCUCCCGUGGUACUCACCCGUCACCACUGCUUUCUCUUCCAGAAGAGAUGCAUAUUCUUAGUUUUAUUAUUUUCUUUGGAUUGAAAUGACACUAUAAAUUUUCAUUUGAGUUUCUCAAUUGUAUCUAGUUACAUAGCACAGUUUAGAAACUUAAGAGACUGACUAUCAGUAACUUAACCGGCAAAGAUUAAACCCCUUUCAUCCCAUCGGACUAACCCAGGACCGUUCCAGUGAUGCAGGGUGCGUGCCCUCGGUCUGGCUGGAGCAGUCCUGGACUUCUCAGAACCCUUGAUGAAGUCUCUCACAGGUGUACAAAUUGGACGAUUUAGGAAUUUUAAACUUUAAAUGAUCAUUUGGCUCCUUUUCUAUUUCAUUUUUGUUAAUGCAACACAACUUAAAUGAACUUUGCUCUGUUUUAAAGAUUAUUAAAAUCGUGUGUAUAUACAUAUGGCUCUUGAGGACACACAGCUUUCACUACACUACAGGUGUGAUCUCCAUGUAGUCCGUGCGGAACUGCAGGCUGGUGUUCCCGAGUGCUCCAUACUGUUGAUUGCAUCUCCAUGUAGGGCUGAAAAGAAUGACCUGCCUGUGUGUAUCUCUGAAACUGUUGCUUUUGGUGUUGUGUUACUGUGCACAGAAGUGUGUGCGGUAAGGUCCUGCCCAUGGUUCAGCUGGAAAGCACGGUAGCCUUGCGAGUUAAGUACUGCUUUGAUUCAUUGUUUACGCCGGAAUUUUUUGUCCCCAUGGAAUGUAAGUAAAACGUAGUGUUUGUCACCAAUAAAUGGUAAUACUAAAUUUUUUUGUUAAUUUAUUCUCAGAUGCCACUACUGCUGGGUUGGGUCCUCUCCCAACCUGCCCCCUGUCCUUUUUUUAAGAAAAGAAAAUUUGUAAUGCUUGUGAUUCCAUUUGGGCAAAAUUCUGAAGACCUGAAAUUUGUAUCUGUUGAUCAAUAAACAUCUAAUGCAUU